CUCAACUCUAGAUUCUAGACCUAAUCCUAAAUGACUGAAUGCAAGGAUUGAGAAAGCAUAUUCAUAAUUUAUCUUUGUGUUUUGUGCGCAAAGUUUUUCAAUCUAGGUUCUGUUGAAAGGCAGGCCUACCUUGUUGGUUGACUCUUGCUUGAUCGGGAGAACUAGGAUUACCCUGAGGGAGUUUACACAGUCUGGUCGGUCGGGUGUCCAGCAGCCUCAUACAACGUGACGUCUGCUGGAAGUAUCAUGUGCGAGUUUGCGACAGGUGGAUCAGUAUCUCGUCUCUUUUGGUGGCUUUUCGACCACCCGAGCAGGCUACUAUGGUUACCAUAAUGCAAGCACAGACACUGACUGUGUCAUUGUGUUUACUGUUAUGGCCUCUCCCUUAUCUAGUGAAGGGCGACCUGACUCAUUCCAAGCCUGCGUGUUGAGAGUGUAGCUGUUUCCAAAAGAUGUUCUUCGCUUUUCGUGCGUGCUUGUGCAAUAGCGAGGACUAAACGCGUUUUAAUUAGUGGAGUGCUAACUCCUGGCAGCAAUACUUUGUACCCUGCAGUUUAUAUCAGAAGGAAAUUAUGAGGACGAGUCGCUGCUAAAGGUUUUGCUUGAUGUUUUCUUCAUGAGCAAGAAAAGAAAAUGAACAAUCUUUGAAAAUAGAUAUUCUAUGUAAACAACGACCGGACACUUCGAUCCGACACAUUCACCUUGCACUGGACCUGUUUUGAUUACGGCACAAUGAUACACUCCAUCAUGUUUGCACUUCGAUCGUCAGCUCACUGACAACGUGCGACAUAAUCGAUAGUUACAAUGAAUAUUUUUAUAUUAUGUGUAGAGUUGGUGCUGAUAUUUGUAGCCUUGUUCGGAAACCUGCUAGUAAUUAUCGCAGUGGCGACAGAAUACCGACUGCGGAGAGUGAAGAACAACGUCUUUAUCGUGUCCCUGUCUGUGUCCAGUUUCUUCAUGGCCCUUCUCAUCAUGCCAGCCGCCGUGUACAGCGAGCUCCACACCAGCUGGACGCUGGGGAAGUUCGGUUGUCGUCUACGGCUGUCUCUGGAAAUCAUGUUCUGCACGGCCGCCGCUUGGAGCAUCGCCCUCGUCUGUCACGACCGUUACAAGCACGUGAGCGACCCGGUACACCGGCAGUGGUUCAUGACUCCUUGCAUCACGCUGCUUCAUGUGGCUGGGAUAUGGCUCUUGGCAGCCGCGCUCUCUUUACCCAACUUGUUCUUGAACUGGAACACUAUAAUCUAUACCCAUUACGUCGAUGAUAGCUUGACGGGAGAGCACGAGGGCCAUCAACACUAUGAUAAUAAUUACCUGCCCGUGACUGGAAUGAACGAUACUAUGGAAGACAAAUACUUGUUAAGAAAGAUAAAGGUUUGUGUCUUACACACAAGCAUUGGCUUCGGCAGCGCUAUGACCUGUGUUGCUUUUUUGCUUCCUCUCGUGCCGAUGCUCGUCAGUUUUUUACGUUUGUAUGCGCUAACACAACGCUUCCAAAAUUUACCUGAAUUACCGGCGACGCCAAAUAAAAGGGGAAGUACAGGUUCUUCCGGCCGUGUCGGAGUUUCGCGAGCCUUCCUAGGCGUGGCACCCCUUGGCUUGUUCAUUCUGUACUUUCUUGUGUGCUGGCUUCCCUUCUUCAUCACCUUCUUCAGGUCUAUCUUCAGGCCAGAACUGGUGGGCACGUUCACCUUCAAGUUCACGGUCUGGGUGGGCUACUCUAACAGCUGUGUGAACCCGAUACUUCUCGGGGUGUCCACACCGUCGUACCAUGAAGCUUUCAAGAGGAUCCUGACGCUGCGAACUUGCCAGAAAGGUGGUGAGUUCUACACGGACCCACGUUUCUCUAGUGUCGUAGCAGCCAAGGGGGGAGAGGAGAUGUCGCAGGAGGAGGAGGAGGAUGCGUUGGAAAUCGCCGGAGACCAGUCACCACCAACCAUUUGUGUGAUGGCCUCUGACUCGUUAGGCACCCAGCGCGAAUCGCAAAGUAGUCGUAAAAGUAAAAAGGUCAAGAUACGUUCAGGAUACGCUGAGGAGGUGAUGUUAUAUAUUAUGUAAAUUAUGGAUGGCAACAUGACAUGGAACACAGUAUAGUUGGAAUGACGCAGAUUACGUGACGAGAAACGAUGUCAGUGAUUGGACGCAAGGGGAAACGUAACGCAGAUGUAGUGGCAUAACACAGGUGUGUUCAAGAGGAAAUUUCGAGACGCAGAGAUAGUGACAUCGCACAGGCAUAGAGCUGACGUAUGACCCAGGUGUACGCCAGUGACAAGGAGGGAAUCGCGUGACACACUACUAUAAGAAACAACGUGCCCUGGAAGAAGAGAUGGGAGCCGGCGAAAAAAUUUUGUUAUUUCAAUUACAACGUUCUACCUGCUCACUACCUAGUU